CUUUGUAUGUGCUUCAGAUGAACUAUAUUCGACUAGUGAGUCCUGGAGUUGGUGGAGGAGGAGGAGGAGGAGGAGGAGGAGGCAGCGCCACACUCAUACGCCCAACACCUCCCACCAACAAGCCCAUUGCUCCUGCUGCCUCUCAGCCCAUCAAAAUUAAGGCUAUGCCCAUUGCUCCCAAUCAGACCAGGAACAAGCAGCGCGUGAUCAUCCCAGUGUCCGGCUCAGGCUCGUCCAAUGUGUCGGGUGGGAUGCCUCAGACCAACCUGACCCUCCCAGCCUCUGCCCUGCCCCCAGGAGUCCUUUCCAACACCCAGCCAGGUUCAGUGGUUAUGAUCCCAGCUCACUACAUGUCACAGCUUCAGUCAAACACUACAAGCAACAGCACAAUUCAAGCAUCAAACCAGAUUCCUCCAGGAACCAUCAUCCCACACACCACAAAGCCACAGCCUUCUCGCACAAUCAUUGAUGCAAAUGGGAUCAGACCAAGAAAACCUUGCAACUGUACAAAGAGCCAGUGUCUUAAAUUGUAUGUCGUGGUGGAAGAGUUGGUAGCCCUGCACAUGUCCAUCCGAGAAUUACGUCACAGGUGGGCACAAGCCGCAGUCAUUCGCCGGCGCCUCCCUGCAGUCUCAGGUAGCAGCGGCGAUGCGUAGUGCUGUUGCUUUGUACUGAGUGAGCGUGAAUGAACCCUCGUGACGGUGUAUGGUGAUGGACGUGUGGGCCUUUACGUUGUGGAAACAGAAGGUGGUAACACGGAGAGCAAGUGGAAGAAACCUUGGGAGACUUCCAUGACUCAGGAACAAGCACACCUCACUGGGAGCCUUGUGACUGACAGGUGGUUCAGACCGACUGGGAGACAUGACGUCAGUGCCACCACGCAGGGAGUAAAACCAAGAGGAGGAAGAGGAGCAUUCAAGAGACAUCAGCUGGCCAGCAGUCCAUUCAGUUUGUGGCCCUGAUUUGUAAGUGCCAGGAAGACUAUGGUGAAGGCAGACCACAAACCUUUCAUUGGACAUGAGUGGCGAACGGCAGUGAAAAUAUGGCAGUGUCUGAUUCUUUGCACCAAAACACAGUGUGCUUAUUAACAGAUUUAUUCACUGUUCACUCAUUUGCUCAUCUCUAAAGGAGUGAAGAGUGUGCACUGAAUUUCACAACAGGAAGUGAAGGAUGAAGCAUGAAGGUUUUAGGCCAAAAUGAACAGACAGCAAUCAGGAAUGACACGUCCAGCAAAACCGGCAACACAGCAACACACACACACACCCAGGCUUCCAAGUUGAUAAUCCAAAAGCCAGCAGAUGACAGCUUCCUUCCAGCACACACUUGUAUCGCCCAACUUGACUUGCCUGAAUACAAGCUGAUACAGUCCAUGCAGCAGAUUUGGCAAUAGGUUUGAACUGGUACCAACACCCAAACUGGCACAUCAGAUCCACUUUUGGUGCACCACUCGCUGACGUAACAGAAUGGUGUUGAUCCAGUUUGUCGUCCAUGUGCAUUGUUUGAUUUUUGUGAACCUCCCAACAGCCAUCUUACUGUUUUUUUGCUGCAAUUAACCACAUCUUUGGUGUGGAGCCUCUACAAGUGGUGGAGGGCAUGGACACUUGGAUAUGGAUGACACUGGUUUGGGUGCCAAAUAUUAAUAGUGCACCUACACAAUUACCACACUCGAUCCUCUCACCAGGCUUAACUAUAAAUAAUUAAAGGUAAAUAACAUCUGUCAUCUAUUAUCUAUUGUAUUCUAUAUUGCUGUUAAUGUUUCAUGUAUACUGUAAUGUCUUUGCUUUCAAAUGCAAGUCAAAAGGGUGAACCCCAUUUAUAGUACUAUUCACGUUUGGCAAAUUUCACUUUUGACAUUGGUUUGGCUACACUAAUUGAACUGCUAACAGUGAGGGACUACUGUAAAUGUAGUAAUAAUUAUAAUUAUAAUAAUAAUAAUAAUAAUAAUAAUAAUAAUAAUAAUAAUAAUAAUAAUAAAAAGUAAUGAUAAAGUGCAAGACAUGUUCAUUAACGCAAUUAUUUUCUCCAACAUGGAGGAGUGAGGAGGCACAUCUGUCUGUGAUUAGGGAAUGCAAAUGACGAUGUUCCAAGGACGUCACCCUGUCCUGGGACAUGACAUGAGAGAGAAGAGGAAAAAAGGACUCUCUCUCUCUCUCUCUCUCUCUCUCUCUCUCUCUCUCUCUCUCUCUCUCUCUCUCUCUCUCUCUCUCUCUCUCUCUCUCUCUCUCUCUCAGAGUUUCCAUAACACCAAACUGCUCUGGUGUUAAUUUCAUGAGUUGCUGAAUAAUAGAAAUGGGAAUGUUAGUUCAAUGCAUUUAGCUCUGAGUAUGAAAGAAUGACAAGAAAGAAUGCAGAGGACACUAGAACACAUGCACAGAAAACUGAAAGAUUUUUAAACUUUUGAAUAGGUGUAGGAAAAAAGAAAAAAAAAAAAAAAAAACUGCAAAAUCAGUGUCUCCUUAAAACAACACAUGACAGCAAUGAUAACUCACACAACAAUAAUGCUUGAUGAAGACUAUAUUUCCAACACAGAUUUAUGACAACAUUUGGCAAAGCUGUGCACUGUUUACUUGUGUUAAAACUAUGCCAUGAUUUGAGAGGAAAGUUGGUUAGUCAUUAUAGGGUUAAGAUGAUAUAAGGGUGUUUAUUUUAGCUAAUUUCCAAUGACUCCUAAUAUAAGAUUAAAACUUUAAUGAUUAAGUAACUAUUUCAUUGUUUACAUUCAUUUACACCAAAAUUUCGCAACUACAACCUCAGGGAUGUUUAGUUAAUCCAAUUUUGUUCACAACUACUACAUUUUUUUCCAAUGGUUUACCCAUAGUACAACACAAACAACUACAAUAUCAUUCAUGCUAUUUCAUUCCAAAAAAAAAUUCACAACUAUGUACAUGAUCUAGUUUACAAUAAAAGGAUUUUGAACAAUA